GAAAGAUAAAGUGAGGAUCGGGGCGGGAGGUGUGUUCUUCUGCUGAAACUUAAAGCUGCUUUAGAGAAGCCAGGACUAGCAGAGGGAGAACAUCUUGUGGACAGAACAACAUUUUUAGGGGGAUUUAACACACAGCAGCUUCAGCGAUGCAUUCCCAUUCGGGGCUGAUCUUUAAAGCAGUCCUGGCUCUUCUACUCCCGCGGCCGAGUAGCGCCGAGUCCGACCCAUUUCAAGCCGUCAACCCGAACGAAUCGGUCGGGUGCCUCCAGCCUCCUCUCUCCGCGCUUCUCUCCCGCGGCGCCGCGUCCGCAGCCGCGACAGAUGAGAUCCUGGAGUCCAGCCAGGAAGCGCUGCUCGUCACGGAGCGCCGCUACCUGCGGACGGACUGGUGCAAGACGCAGAUGCUGAAGCAGACCAUCCAGGAGGAGGGCUGCCUGAGCCGCACCAUCACCAACCGCUUCUGCUACGGACAGUGCAACUCUUUUUACAUCCCGCGGCACACUUACCAGGACGGCGGCGUGUUCCAGGCCUGCUCCGCCUGCAGACCGAAAACGUUGAGCACCAUCACCCUCACGCUGUUUUGUCCGGGUCAGACGCCCAGCACGCGGAGGAAGCGGGUCCAGCGCGUGAAGCAGUGCCGCUGCGUAAAUAUUAACACGGACUGAACCGCAGCCGGAUGACCGGACCGUUAAUAAUCAAGAAAACGGCGCCAGGGUACCAGAAUGAGGACACCUUUGAUGAAACUUGACUGAACUGCUGCAGAGUCCAAAGCCGGCCCAAGGCAAAUGCGAGUUAUGCGGCUUCUUGGGGCCCCAACACCACCAGGGGCCCCCAAGAGUAUCAUUUUAUUUUAUUUUGCAGUGAUGAAUUGCCCAUUUUACACUGUCUACACCAAAUUUUAACAAAAGACAUUAUACAUGCUAACUUGUUUACUGUAAAUAAAAUUUUACUUUCAAAUAGUUAAAUUAACAUGCCACACCUACAGUAAAUACCACUCUCCAUUUCAAAAUGCUAAUUAAUUAGAGCAUCUUUGCUUUUUUGCUACGCCUGUAAGAUUAAAAUCAAGAGUCCUAAUAACACCGGUAUGAUGCACUCUACAAAAAACACCAGGUUUACCAAGUAUAUUUGGUCUAGCUUCUAGUGUAAAUGACUUCUAGCGUAAAUAAAAAGAGUGUAAUAAAAGUAAAUCUUCAGCAAGAUACAGGAGUUUGUUUAAAGUCAAUAAUUCCUUAAUUCCGAUUAAUAUUCUUAAGUACAAACAAGCUGCCAUAUCUUGCUAAAAAGUUGUUUGUAAACUAAUUUUAUCUUAUUUCAGGUGUGCUAAUAUCUUUCUCUAGAAACUAGACUAAAAAUACUUGGUAAUGUUUUGUGUUUUUGCAGUAUGAGUAAUAAUAGUAGUUAUUGUGCACACACAGUGUAGCCUAGCAAUGAUGACGUAUUUGGCAACAUUUUGAUUUUCAUCUGUUCUGGAAGAUUGUUCAGAAAUCUGAACCUCCCCAAAAACCGUGAAGAAACUUUACUUAACAAACAGGGCUGUGGCUUCCUGUCUUCCUUCCACUCAACUUUCUACUAAUAAAUUUGCAUCCAGCACUAAAAUAAGCUAGCUUCUUUAGCACUGACUUUUUGUGGCUUAUUUUCUUCUGUCUACUGAACAAGUCAGCAGUUUUAUCCAUUAUUGUGCAGGUCGUAACAUUUCUGUAUGAAAAUGUAAUUUUGUUGAUUUCUAAGACAUUUAAUUUUGGAUUCAUUACUUCUAUAUGGUUAUCAUCAGUACUAAAUAGAUUUAAAUGCUUGAAAUUGAUCAUUCACUAUGUAUAAGUUUCACUUUCAGUUUAAUUACUAAAAAAUAGUUUAAAAUGAUAUUCUAAUUUAUUGAGCUGUUUUUAUGCUCCUUUUCUUUUUUCCUUGAUGCUACUCGAUUUUUGUAUUCGGCUACUUAAAUAAAUAAAAUACACCAUGA